AUGCACUCUAAACUGGGUCACUCUCCACUCAGAGGGCUCGGGGCGCGGCUCACUUUCCGUGUGUGUCUCCUGUGCCGUAGGCUUCGAGUGUCUCCAGCAGCCCAGGGAGAGAAAGAGAUGGGAAACAGCAUGAAAUCCAGCCCUGCACCCCCUGAGAGGCCUCUGCCCAGCUCAGAUGGACUGGACAGCGACUUCCUCGCUGUGCUGAAUGAUUACCCUUCUUCUGACAUCAGCCCCCCGAUAUUCCGCCGAGGGGAGAAACUGCGUGUGAUUUCUGAUGAAGGGGGCUGGUGGAAAGCCAUUUCUCUUAGCACUGGCAGAGAGAAUUAUAUUCCUGGAAUAUGUGUGGCCAGAGUUUACCACGGCUGGCUGUUUGAAGGGCUGGGCAGAGACAAGGCUGAGGAGCUGCUGCAGCUGCCAGACACUAAGGUCGGCUCCUUCAUGAUCAGAGAGAGUGAGACCAAGAAAGGUUUUUAUUCGCUGUCGGUGAGACACAGGCAGGUGAAGCAUUACCGCAUCUUCCGCCUGCCAAACAACUGGUAUUACAUUUCCCCGAGGCUCACCUUCCAGUGCUUGGAAGACCUGGUGAAUCACUAUUCUGAGGUUGCUGAUGGCCUCUGCUGUGUGCUCACUACGCCGUGUCUCAUGCAGAGCACGGCUGCCCCGGUGGCGAGGGCCUCCAGCUCGCCUGUCACCCUGCGCCAGAAGACCUUGGACUGGAAGAGGGUGUCAAGCAGACUGCAGGAGGACCCCGAGGGAGCAGAGAGCCUGCUUGGGGUGGAUGAGUCCCUUUUCAGCUAUGGCCUUCGGGAAAGCAUCGCCUCCUACCUGUCCAUGACCAGUGAUGACAACACCUCCUUCGAUCGCAAGAAGAAAAGUGUCUCCCUGAUGUACAGUGGGAGCAAGAGGAAGAGCUCGUUCUUCUCGUCGCCUCCGUACUUUGAAGACUAG